AAUAGCAACCUCCCCGGUGGCUUAUUGCUGGCACCAGCUAUCGUAAAGGUCACACAAAGUACUGUGUACCUGCCAUUCGUCAAUGUAAGCACUGUUGAUAUAUUUCUUCCCCCCCGCAUUAGGGUGGGAGAAGUGUGCCAGGUAGAGAUUGUGAGCCUACCUGCAGGUGUUACCGAAAUUGAGGGGAUGUCGGACCAAGGAGUUGUGGCAACGUCCUCGGUCCAAGCUGCUGGGGGGAGAUCAGUACAGAAUGCCAUCGGGGACAUCGACUUGUCCAGUCUACCCGCCCAUGAACAAGGCAAGGUGACCCUUUUGCAUAAAUACGAGUCAGUGUUCUCCGCAUGUGAGGGUGACAUAGGCUGUACAAACCUCAUUGUUCAUGACAUACCUUUACUGGAUAACACGCCCGUAAGGCAGCGUUAUCGACGUAUCCCGCCGUCGGACUAUGAGGCAGUCAAAGCUCAUAUCCACCAGUUGCUGGAAAACCAGGUUAUUAGGGAAAGUAGCAGCCCCUACGCCUCUCUGGUUGUCCUGGUGAAAAAUAAAGAUGGCAGCAUACGUCUUUGUGUGGAUUAUCGCCAACUUAAUGGCAAAACAAGGAAAGAUGCUUUCCCUUUGCCCCGCAUCGAAGAGUCGCUGGAUGCCUUGUCGGGUGCCCGCUGGUUCAGUACCAUGGAUCUGGCCAGUGGGUACAAUCAAGUUGCCGUGGCAGAGGCCGACAAGAACAAGACAGCUUUUUGUACGCCCUUUGGGUUGUUUGAAUUUAACCGUAUGCCCUUCGGUUUGUGUAAUGCACCAGGCACUUUCCAACGCUUGAUGGAACGAAUGUUUGGGGCCCAACAUUUUGAGUCAUUACUUUUGUAUUUGGACGAUGUGGUGGUGUUUUCCUCUACCAUAGAGGAGCAUGUGAAACGCCUGGAGGCAGUACUGAGUCGGCUUCGCCAAGAAGGCCUGAAAGUCAAAUUGGAGAAAUGCAGCUUCUUUCAGCCCGAAGUGAAGUAUCUGGGCCACGUUAUUUCAAAGGAUGGAGUGUCCACAGACCCAGAGCAAAUCAGCGCAGUGGCUAAUUGGGCCCCAACCAAACGCACAUCGGAAUUACGUUCCUUUUUGGGUUUCGCUAGUUAUUAUCGAAGGUUUGUCAAUGGCUUUGCUACUCUUGCCGCCCCUCUGCACCGUCUAGUAGCUGAAAUGACGGGAUCCAAAAAGAAAAAACCAUCCAGCCGCCCAUUCAAUGAGGUUUGGACAGACGAAUGCGCAAAAAGCUUCCACGAUCUGAGGGCAAGGUUGGUAUCUGCGCCAGUGCUAAAUUAUGCUGACUUCUCCCUGCCCUUUAUCCUGGAGGUCGAUGCCAGCUACAGUGGUCUUGGAGCAGUGCUCUCGCAAGAACAGGGUGGUAAGGUGAGACCAGUGGCCUACGCUAGCAGAGGAUUGAAGCCAACGGAACGAAACAUGACAAAUUACAGUUCCAUGAAAUUGGAGUUCCUGGCGCUCAAGUGGGCCAUGACCGAGAAAUUCAGGGAGUAUCUCCUGGGUCAGAAGUGUGUGGUGUUUACAGAUAAUAAUCCUUUAAGCUACCUAUCCACGGCUAAGUUGGGUGCCCUCGAGCAGCGGUGGGCGGCUCAACUAUCUGACUUUGAUUUCACCAUUAAGUACAGACCCGGCCGAGUCAAUGGUAACGCAGACGGAUUAUCCCGGCAGUAUCAAACGGAUACGUCUGCCGAAGGAUGUGGUGCCUUGAUGCCGGGCAGUGCCAUCCCCCAGAUGAUAGCACAACUCAGUACACAACCAAACAUGGAGGUAACUCAAUCAACCGUGUCAGCGUUCCCUACCCACUCUGUUGCAGAUCUGGCUGCGUUACAGGAAGCCGACCCUACCAUCAGUUGCUUCCUGGCUUUUUGGGACCGGAAACGGGGCCCGGAUCAGCAGGAGAGGCAAACCCUCCCCAAACCGGUUUUGGAGAUGCUUCGCCAAUGGGAGAGGAUGACCAAGGAGGAGGGAGUUUUGUAUCGCUGUGUAUCUAGAUCCGAUGGCGGGGAAGAAGGGCAACAGCUAGUAUUACCUGCUAAACUAAAAGAGGAAGUAUUGCAUCAGUUACAUCAGGGCCAAGGACACCAAGGUGUGGAACGAACAACUGACCUGGUGAGACAAAGAUGCUACUGGCCAGGUAUGAUUAAUGAAAUUAAAGAGUAUUGCCAGAACUGUGAACGAUGUACAUUGGCAAAAGCGGUCCAACCAAAAGUUCGUGCCUCCAUGGGCCAUUUAUUGGCCUCCCGGCCGAACCAGAUAUUGGCCAUUGACUUCACCCUGCUUGAACCUGCUAGAGAUGGUAGAGAACAUGUUCUGAUUCUGACUGAUGUGUUUUCUAAGUAUACACAGGCCAUCCCCACCAGAGACCAACGAGCACCUACGGUGGCCCGACUGCUAGUGCAUGAGUGGUUCUACAGGUUUGGGGUUCCGUCUAGGAUCCAUUCCGACCAAGGGAGAAGUUUUGAAGCGGUACUCAUCCAGCAACUAUGUGAGUUGUACGGGGUCCAGAAAAGCAGGACCACGCCUUACAGGCCACAAGGAAAUGGGCAGUGUGAACGUUUCAACCGCACGUUGCACAAUCUGCUGCGUACGUUGCCAGUGGAGAAGAAGAGGGACUGGACGUUGUACCUCCCACAACUCACCUUUGCCUACAACACCACCACACACCAAUCAACUGGUGAGUCACCGUAUCUGCUGAUGUUUGGUCAAGAUCCACGGUUGCCGGUGGACUUCUUGUUGGGGAGAGUUAAAGACCCCGCUGCUGGUACGGUGGACGGCUGGCUCGGCGAACAUCAGAGGCGACUGCGAACAGCUUACGCCGGGGCAAGACAUCGGAUGCAGGGGGCUGCACAACGGAGAGAGGAGAGACACAACCGAAGUGCUGAUGAGGGGUUGGCCGUCGAUCAGUUGGUGUAUCUGAGGGACCACAGUGCGAGGGGAAGAAACAAGAUUCAGGAUCACUGGAACCCACGACCCUACAGAAUUUUGAAGGCGCCCACAAAUGGUGGGUCGGUAUAUACUGUGGCCCCCGUCGACAAACCCGACCAAACUAAGCAGGUGCAUCGAACAAUGAUUAGAUUGGUUCCCCGAAAUGCUCAUCGUGUUCCAACUCCCCGGGAUGAGCAAAGCACGGUGGAAAAUACCGAGGAAGAGGAAGAACCUGAAGAGGUUUGGAUUUUGAGAGAGAGGCCCCUCGCCCCUGAAGGUGCCAACCCAGUGGGAGUGGAGCCUCCUUGCAGCAUUGCUAGAACGGAGGAAGUGCAGUUUGGAGUGACUCCCAACCCACCAGUGCGAUCACCAGGCCACCUUGCAGGGGAAGGGACAGGCCAGCCAAACCUCCCUCCAGAACCAGUGUGUCGACGGACAACCAGAUACACACUGGCCAGUAUGGAAGCAGCAGUGAAGGACCUUCUCGCGCAGGCCCUAGCCUCUCAGGGGGAGCGCCUCUUCCAGCAGGAAGAGCAGAUGACUUCACUGAGCCAGGGACUCAGAGGCCUGGCCCGUUGUCAGGAGGACUUCAAGGCUGCCGUUUUUGACCAGAUAGGGGGUCUCGCGGGUCAGCUUCAGCAGCUUCUCAGAAGUUCUGAGAGGAGGGACCCGGCACCUCCUGCACCUGAACCUUCACCUACGCAGGAGCUGGGGUCCGGUGGCACCUCCCGAGCGAUAUACGGGAGACCAUGGACAAUGACUUUGGCGGUGCAGAGCGGCUGGAAUACCACGGCACUUUAUGACGUUUUUCUUAAAGGAUUGGCUGCGCCCAUCCAAGAGCGAUUGCUGCCUCUGGACCUUCCUCCAGACCUGGACUCCCUCAUCGCCCUCGCUAUCCGAACGGAUAAUCGUCUACUGGAAUUUAGGGCUCUCCAGGGACUACGCCUGGAAGCUCCACAUCGCCCACAGCACUACCCCGCCUCCCCCGGGUGGGCUCCCGGCCGGGCGCCACCAGAUCAGUGCCGGUCUUCCUCCCCGGCUGGCGGAGACGAACCUAUGCAACUGGGUGGUGCUCGGCAGCGCCGAUUGAGGGAAGGUCGGUGUUUCUACUGUGGGGAGCUCGGCCACCUGGUAGCCGCAUGUACGGCCAAGACGCCGUGGUUAGGCAACCGACCCACGGCUCCAGGCUCUUCGACACGGGUUUUGACCUCCAUUAAGCAGGCCAUAGUCUUCACAAAGCUGGACUUUCGCAAUGCGUACCAUCUGGUCCGAAUCAGAGAGGGAGGCGAGUGGAAGACUGGGUUCAAUACACCGAGCGGGCAUUAUGAAUACUUAGUCAUGCCUUUCGGCCUCACCAAUGCUCCUGCCGUAUUCCAAGCCAUGAUUAACGAUGUCCUCAGAGAUUUUCUGGACCACUUUGUUUAUGUUUACCUUGACGACAUUUUAAUCUACUCACCAGAUCUAGACACACACAAACUCCAUGUACACCAAGUCCUUGAACGUCUUCUCUGCAAUCACCUGUAUGUGAAAGCAGAGAAGAGUGAGUUUCAUGCCGACACCAUCUUCUUCCUGGGUUUUAUCGUAGCCCCUGGAAGAGUCCAGAUGGAUCCGUCUAAAGUAAGCGCUGUGGCUGAGUGGCCUACACCGAUAGCCGAGAAGGUUCAGCAAUUCCUGGGGUUUGCUAACUUUUACAGGCGGUUUAUCAGAGGCUUCAGCGCAAUAGCUGGUCCCCUUCACGCCCUGACAUCCCCCCAGGUGCGGUUCAACUGGUCCCCAGACGCAAAGGAGGCGUUUCAGAACCUCAAGCGUCGCUUCACCUCGGCGCCCAUCCUUACUCUGCCAGACCCACAGCGCCAGUUCGUGGUGGAGGUUGACGCUUCCAAUGAGUGGAUCGGGGCCGUCUUAUCGCAAUGGUCAGCGGCCGAUGGCAAGAUGCACCCCUGCGCCUUCUUGUCCCGGCGACUAAGCUCUGCACAGCGGAAUUACGACGUGGGCAACCGGGAGCUGCUAGCGGUCAAGGUGGCCUUGGAGGAGUGGAGACAUUGGCUGGAGGGGGCACAACAUCCGUUUAUCGUGUGGACAGACCAUAGGAACCUUGAGUACAUCAAGCAAGCGAAGAGACUAAAUUCACGCCAGGCCAGUGGAAUUACGCCCAAACGUGAUUCGGUGGGCCCACGUCUCGCUGCUCACCUGUCAUCCAGGAGUCCGGAGCACAAUGUUCGCCAUAUCUCACCGGUUCUGGUGGCCAUCCAUGGAAUCAGGGGUCCGGGAAUACUUCGAGGCAUGUCCGGUCUGUGCUCGGAACAAAACGGCCUCCGGGGCACGCAUGGGACUGCUGCAACCCCUACCCAUUCCAUCCAGGCCGUGGUCGAACAUUUCGAUGGACUUCAUCACGGGGCUUCCGGCUUCAAAAGGACAUCGUGUCAGACCGGUUCAUCUCAGUUCUGUCAGCUCAUCGGUGCCACAGCCAGCCUUACUUCAGGUUACCACCCAGAGGCCAACGGCCUGACCGAACGUCUCAACCAACAGCUGGAGACAAACCUCCGAUGCCUGGUGUCACAAAACCCGACGGCGUGGAGCUCCUAUCUGGCCUGGGCGGAAUAUGCCCACAACACUCUGCCCACCUCUGCCACAGGUCUCUCACCCUUCAAGUGUGUUUACGGUUACGAGGCCCCUGUAUUUUUUGACUCUGAGCAGGAUGUGGCAGUCCCCUCCGCCCAUGCCCUGGUUCGUCCCUGUCACCGCAUCUGGGCCGCCGCCCGUCAAAUGCUCAUCAGACAGGGGGACAGAGUAAAGAAGGCAGCCGACCGAAAACGCCGUCCCGCACCAGAAUACAAACCGGGACAACGGGUUUGGUUAUCAGCCAAGGAUCUGCACCUCAAAGAAACUAGCAUAGUGGUUCGUUGGUCCCUUCCCCAUUUCCAAAGUAAUUGGCCCAGCUGCCGUCCGUCUCCGUUUGCCCAGGUCAAUUCGGGCGUACCCCACAUUCCACGUCAGUCAGGUCAAACCCACCAAGGAAAGCCCCAUGGCCCCUAUCGCUGA